GGGCGGGCCCUAAGAUGGCGGCCGGGGGCGGGCCCUAUAAUGGCGGCCGGGCGGCGGCAGCGCGGCAGCGCUGAGUACCUAAAACACUGGAAAUACUUGAAAGAUCCCUACUAAUAACAGGCUCUUUUGAUGUGGUCCUUACUGCCUGGUUUACUGACGUAGCGAAUUACACUUAUCACUGGCAUUCUUGCAAGCCAUUUCUGACACCCUAACUGUGAUAUUUUUUCCUUGCAUUUCAUUCUGUCCGACCAGUGAUACUUGGCCAGGCAAUUUUUUUCUGUCUAUAGGCAAUGUCCCAUUUCGGUCUGUUUGUAUGGAGGCGGUGCUGGUGUGUUUUGGUUUGUAAUCCUCAAGGGAAGCGCGCAGGGAGGCUCAUAGACCUGUGGCAGUGUUUGGGGUCUUUUUUCCUCUGUGUGUGUGUCUUGUUUUCCUUACAGAGCAAUAUACUUGUUUUUGUUGAAAUCCUUACCCUGUUGAGCAAAACUGCAAGUUAGGUGCUGGGUACAAGCUUCUGUAAUAAGUUGCUCUUUCACUUUUUUUGUAACAAUAGAGUUUAUGCAGAUGAGACCACUUGGAACAUCAUAGUAAUGUUAAAAGUCUGUGAAGUCUCCUCUUAUCUUAGAACCAGAGGAAACAAAUUAUUAAAUUCUAACAGAAAUAUUUAUCUAUGCAAUCAUCUUAAAAGACAGCUUUAUUUAAAUCUGUUACUCUUCAACCACAGCCUUGAGCUAGAACCUCGUCUCUGCUAUCCCAGGCAUGGAUGGAGAGCAUGGUAGAGUGCUGUUACUCACCUAGACACUCACAAAGGACACUGAGAGAAAGGAGUAGGAGAGUACGUGAUAAUCCUGUCUCAGCACAGUACAAUUCUAGGCUUGAAUUGUUGCCUUCCUGAAAACUGAGCUGUAUUUUAAAUCUUAACAGUCCCACCAAAAUGAUGCGCUCUUAGCUAGCCCAUAAGAGGUCCAGGUUUACAGAAUAACUUCUGAAAUAUUCUAGCACUCGAACGCAGCGUUACGUUCUGUGUGAUGCCCAGAGGUGCUGCCCUGUUAAUUGAGGGGUAUCGAUAGACCUCAUAUUGCCACACCAUAUGGGGGAAAAUGCAGCUCAGUUCUUGUGCAUAAGUUAUAGUUCUGUGGGUUUUUCCCCCUUCCCCAGAACCCUUGAUCUUGAAGAUGGUGAGUAGCCAGCCUAAGUACGAUCUAAUACGGGAGGUUGGUCGUGGCAGUUAUGGUGUGGUGUACGAAGCAGUCGUCAGGAAGACCUCUGCCCGGGUCGCUGUGAAAAAGAUUCGGUGCCAUGCUCCAGAGAACGUGGAACUAGCUCUGCGUGAGUUCUGGGCACUUAGCAGUAUCAAGAGCCAGCAUCCCAACGUCAUUCAUCUGGAGGAGUGCAUCUUGCAGAAAGAUGGCAUGGUGCAGAAGAUGUCCCAUGGCUCCAGUUCCUCCCUUUACUUACAGCUUGUAGAGACCUCGUUAAAAGGGGAGAUAGUCUUUGACCCCAGGAGCGCUUAUUACCUAUGGUUUGUGAUGGAUUUCUGUGAUGGAGGGGAUAUGAACGAGUACCUGUUGUCCCGAAAGCCGAACCGCAAGACCAACACCAGUUUCAUGCUUCAGCUCAGCAGCGCCCUGGCUUUCCUGCACAAAAACCAAAUCAUUCAUCGCGAUCUCAAACCUGACAAUAUUCUGAUAUCCCAGAGCAGGAUGGAUGCUAGCGACUUGGAGCCCACGCUGAAAGUGGCUGAUUUUGGGCUGAGCAAGGUGUGUUCGGCUUCGGGCCAGAACCCCGAGGAACCAGUCAAUGUAAAUAAGUGUUUCCUAUCAACCGCCUGUGGGACUGACUUCUAUAUGGCCCCCGAAGUCUGGGAAGGACACUACACUGCCAAAGCAGACAUUUUUGCCUUGGGAAUCAUAAUCUGGGCAAUGCUAGAAAGAAUCACGUUCAUAGACACCGAAACAAAGAAAGAACUCCUGGGGAGUUACGUCAAGCAGGGGACAGCGAUCGUGCCUGUUGGGGAGGCGCUUCUAGAGAACCCUAAAAUGGAGCUGCUCAUCCCUGUAAAGAAAAAAUCCAUGAACGCUCGCAUGAAACAGCUGAUUAAGGAGAUGCUGGCUGCCAACCCGCAGGACCGUCCUGAUGCUUUCGAGCUGGAGCUGCGAUUAGUCAACAUAGCUUUUAAAGACAGCAGCUGGGAGACGUGACCCGCCGAGCAGCCCCGUCUCCUGGUAGAGCUGCUGCUGGCCUAACCCACGGUGCGACUUGGUGGCAGUAAAAGAAACGAGCCUGGUCUGAAACCUGUGGGUUUAGUUCUGACAAUUUGGGGUUUCGUAAACUAUCAGAAUGCGGGUCGGCCCUUGUGUUAGCGCCGCGUCGAUGUGUAUAUUGCCAGGAUGUCAUACGGAGUGUGAGAUGUGACCAUGUUCGUUUGUGUACGUUGGCAGUGGGAUGUCUUAAGAGCUGAGAGUUGGUUUCCAGCCAUAUCUCCGAGUAUUUCCUACAUUCCAGUUUCCUACGUCAGUAUUAGGAACUCUCAUGGGAGAAGAGGUUUGCAUGCUGGCAGUGCAAAUCCUCAGGCUUUGUAAAGUGACUCUGUGUAUAUAUUUAUGUCCACGAGUGACUGGGAGCGUGUGCCUGUAAGCGUGUUGUUGCAUUCCAUGGAGAAAUGGCACUUCUCUUAAAUUAUUUGCUGUGGGUCUGAAUGAUUGGGGUCUGCUAGGAAACCGGCUGAGGAAGGUGGGUGAGAAGCAUCCCUUCUUCUCCAGUCCUGGGUAACUUUAUUAUUUAUUUUUGUUAAAGGUAGGGUCUGAGACUUGACUUUGUAGACAAAAUACAAUGCAAGGGUAUCAGCAGCUUUAAAAGUGCUGAGGUGGUCGCGUUUAGCACUUCCAGCCUAAUGAGCUCAUCACUGCGGGAGUCAAAUUACAAGUGUAUGCAAUCAGGUGCUGGCAUGGCAGCGAGUUCAUUAAUCAUUCAAUUCUGCUUUCCCCUACUAAUCAAAUACUUUAUUAAUCCAUUAAUCUACAGCUUCACGACGUGCUCCCUCCUUUAAACUAGAACCCAGUAGCAAACUGAGUAGUUCCAAUAGAGCUUAGAUGUGAAAAGGCAAAUCCCUGAUGAGGGAAUGCAGCAGCAUAAAGCAGUGCUCUGAAGAUUCUCCAAAAUAAUGGUUAUGGCACAGUUUCCUUGUUAAUUGGAUCUGUUACUGGUCGUGGUCUCCCUUCCUGGUGCUGCCUGUAACGUGGCAGUGACGAGGAGAUGAAGGGGUGGCUGUCUGGAACACCCCAAAUACAGGAGAAAACCCUGAGUGAUCAGUGCAAGGCAUCUCAGCUUUGUGCAGCAACCUUGGCCAGUCUUUAAGAGGAGGACAACAAAUCCAAAAAAGUAAUAUUUAAAGCCACAGCCAGUAGGAUAGGAGGCUUUGGAGCAGCUGGAAGGCUGCUUAUCCCCUCUCGUACUGCACAGGAGCAUAUUCACGUGCUCAGAUGUUUCAUUUACACUACCUGACACUGCAGGCCAGACAGAAGCUGCUUUGUGCUGGUACAAGACCUUUUUCUUUUGGCUGCGGGAACAUGACCUUUCCCAUCAAUCUGACCUUUUGAAAAUGUAGUCUUAAAAAAAAAAAAAGCAGUUUUCACUAAAGCUGCAGCAAAGGUUGUUUUUUCCUAGUAAAAUCAAUUUAAAGCUUUUUUUUUUUUUUAUUAAACCUUACCUGAAAACUGCCAUGAAAACUGGAACUCUGCCCAGGGUGAGUAAGCAGCAAAACCAACACAUUGAUGGGAAAAGCAAAGGUUUCUGAUUCUGCCAGACCUCUGAGGCCUGACAGACUGCAGCAGGGAGUUCUUACCUGCGGGUCUUGCCUGCUGCUCGUAGUCCUGGUGGCAGCAGUUACCUCAGGGUCCUUAGAGGUUAAUUCUUCUUGGUUUGCAUCACUGAACAGUGAUGCUCAGACAAAUUUUCACUGUCUUGAAGCAAAACAAUAUUUAUUUAGGGUCUGGAUGAGCUUUCUGACAUGACUUUGGGAGGAUGGUGCUGUGUCACAGCGAGGUGUUUGGGGCCAGCAGAGUGCCUCGUGCCUGAGCAGGCAGGGAUGGAGGUGAGUGCAUCGUGCUGAGGGUACGGCCUCCUGCCUGCACAGAUGUCCCUGCAGGGAGCUUUGUGUGUAAAGGAAGACUGGAAGCCUCCCUGAGUGAUGGGUGAUGAGGAGAGCUCUGUUCCCGUGUUCUAGAAGUGGAGGUCUGCUCAUUCUCCUUAUUAAAUGGGUUUGGUGCAGCUGGAGGCAGCUUGUUAGGAGGAAAGCAAACCCCUUGCUCUCUGUGCUAACACCUCUACAGCACUCACAUCCCAGCACAGUCAUUCAGGGAGGCUGUGUAAAGCUGAGGGUGGACAACAGACACAGCAUUUCAUGGCAAACUUCUGAAAAUGCAUCAACUUCCUCCUCUCUCCUGCCCACCCGACAGAAUCAGCUCAGUUAAUUCAGCUCUGUUAAUCUCAGUAUGAAUCUACUCCAGAGUACUAGUACUUACCUGUAAGGCGCUUUGCAAAUCAUUUGAUUCUCCUCGAGCACUUCAAAGGAUGAGCACCGAGCGUGCUGCCUGCCUGCGGUGCAGAAAUGAGUGCUAACAAAUGCACAAAAAAUUUGUUUUUUGACUCCCAAAGGAUGUGUUUGCACUGAUUGCCACUUUAAAGGGUGGGGGUACCUGAAAUCCCUCUCAUGGUGCUUAGCCUUGCUGUUGGGUGACCCUGAGCGUUUCCUUGGCUCAUCGAAUGGAAGUCCCUGAGGUUUGUGUUCUGUUUUUUUGUUGUCUGAGGUCUUUGUUUUUGAACCUUUGGUACAGCAAACUGUUGUAGCAGCUACAGAACUACUCACCAGCGUGACACAAAGUCAAGAUACUCUUCGGCACUCAGAAAAGGUUUUUUUUUCAAAUCUUUCUUUAAAAAUUGUAAAAUAUAUUUUGUGCAGAAUUUAUAAUGGGGGAGAUGAUUGUGUAAUUUAUUAAGUUCCUGACUUUUUUUUGAAUAAAACCUGGAUUUCGAUGACGCUUUUGAA